AGGAGGACAGAGGAGCCCAGCUGCAUGGUUUAGCUUCAACAGAAACAACUAAAGAAUAAUAAUUGUAAUAAAACAAAGCUCUUCUAAAGAAAACACAGCAGAGAUGUCGAGACGAAAACAGGCCAAACCGCGCUCGGUUAAAGCGGUAGAAGAAGGGGAGUCUUCAGAGUGUGGAGGGACCUGGGAUGAAUCAACUGUCCAGACAGAAGUCCCGGCGUCUGACAGAGAGGCUGAGCCCAAAGAAGGCCAAGGAGGCGGCGCUGAAGAUGGAGAACAGGAGGAGCACGACGAGCGUGAUGACAGAGAUCACGAUGAUGACCUAGAUGACGAGUCCAUCUUCACCUGUGACAACUGUCAACAGGACUUUGACUGUCUGGCCGAGCUCACCGAACACAGAACCAACCACUGCCCGGCUGAUGGUGAUGAUGACCCAGCAGGGCUGUCCUGGGUGCCUUCAUCGCCCUCCAGUAAAGACGUGGCGUCGCCGUCGCAGAUGCCUGAUGGCUGCUGCGACCUUGGCAUGGCCACUGGCGGCGAGGAGGAAGGAGGCGCUGGUCUGCCAUACCCCUGCCAGUUCUGUGACAAGUCCUUCAGCCGUCUGAGUUACCUGAAACGACACGAGCAGAUCCACAGCGACAAGCUGCCCUUCAAGUGUACCUUCUGCAGCCGUCUGUUUAAACACAAGAGGAGCAGAGAUCGCCAUGUCAAACUCCACACAGGAGAUAAGAAGUAUAGCUGUCAGGAGUGUGAAGCUGCUUUCUCUCGCUCUGAUCACCUGAAGAUUCAUCUCAAGACACACAGCUCCAGCAAACCAUUUAAAUGCAGUGUGUGUAAACGUGGGUUCUCCUCCACCUCAUCGCUGCAGAGCCACAUGCAGGCUCAUCGGAAGAACAGAGAACAUCUUGCGCUGAGAAGCGAGAGAGAUGGUGGAAAGAAGGGAGCAGGAGGAGAAGGCGACCUCGAGCAGGACCUGUAUAUGUGUGAUUACUGCGAGGAGACGUUCAGCCAGACCGACGAGUUGGAGAAACACGUCCUGACCAGACACCCCCAGCUGUCCGACCGAGCUGACUUGCAAUGCAUCCACUGUCCUGAGAUCUUUCUAGAUGAGGCGUCGCUCCUCACGCAUAUUGAAACCCAGCAUGCCAACCGCAAACACAAAUGUCCUGUCUGUUCAGAACAGUUCCCGUCUGUAGAGGACGUCUACUGCCACCUAGACAGCCAUCGUCAACCCGACUCCUCUAAUCACAGCGCUGCCAGUCCAGAUCCGGCCCUCGGCAGCGUGGCUUCAAUGAGCUCGGCCACUCCUGACUCUAGUGCCAGUCUGGAGAGAGGCUCGACACCAGACUCAACACUAAAGCACAGCCAGGGUAGCGAACGAAGCCGCAGGAGAGGCGCUGAUACUGGGGAGGACAUGGGGAUUAGCCUAGGUCAUCAAGGUGGAGGUGGGGGAGGGAACUGGAGUAAAGUGACGUACUCUUGCCCAUACUGCUCAAAGAGAGACUUCCACAGUCUGGCAGUGUUGGAAAUCCACUUGAAGACCAUCCAUGCGGACAAGCCGCAACAGAGCCAUACGUGUCAACUCUGCUUGGAAACCCUGCCAACGCUCUACAACCUCAACGAACAUGUGCGCAAAGCUCACCGUGCCAGUGGAGGAACUGUGGGCACAGCGGCAGCAGCGUUUCCUCUGCUGCAGUUCACCAACGUCACAGCGUUCCACUGCAACUACUGUCCGGACAUGUUCGGGGACAUCAAUUCUCUGCAGGAACACAUCCGAGUGUCCCACUGCCUGCCUGGUGGGAUUAUGGCAGGAUCCACCACAUUAGAAGGGAACCAUGCCUUUUUCUGCAACCAGUGCUCAAUGGGAUUCCUGACAGAGUCUUCGUUGACAGAACACAUUCAGCAGACACACUGCACCUCUGCUACAGGCGGCGGAAAUGCAUCUGGAGGAGUGGUGGCCAAGCUGGAGUCUCCCGUACUACAGGCUGCAUCUCAGUCCUUCAUGGAGGUUUACUCCUGCCCUUACUGCACCAAUUCUCCUAUCUUCGGCUCACUCCUCAAGCUCACCAAACACAUAAAGGAGAACCACAAGAACAUCCCGCUGGCCAACAACAAACGGCAGGCUAAAGUUGCCGACCUGAGCCCAGCCUCCUCUGACGUCGAGAUCUCCUCUCCGAAACGCCACAGACUGGGAGGCGACUCCACCCCGUCCAUGGGAAGCAACGGGGAUUAUCCAUGCAACCAGUGUGACCUGCGGUUUGCUAGUUUUGAGGGUUUCCAGGCCCACCUCAAGUCACACCUGGAGAUGCUGCUGAGGCGCCAGUCCUGCCCCCAGUGCAACAAGGAGGAUUUUGAGUCCCAGGAGGCGUUGCUUCAACACCUGACAGUACACUACACCACCACAUCUACGCAGUAUGUGUGCGAGAGCUGCGAUAAACAGUUCUCGUCAGUGGAUGACCUGCAGAAACACCUACUGGACAUGCACACGUUUGUCCUGUACCACUGUACUCUCUGUCAGGAGGUCUUUGACUCCAAGGUGUCCAUACAGGUGCAUUUGGCAGUGAAGCAUAGCAAUGAGAAGAAACUGUUUCGCUGCACAGCCUGUGCCUGGGACUUCAGAAAAGAGGCCGAUCUUCAGCUUCAUGUUAAGCAUAACCACCUGGGCCAAAGGUCGGGCCUCCCAGGGGGUCUUGGCACAGGGCUCAAACCUCGUAAAUGCAUCUUCUGCGGGGAGACAUUUGGAACAGAAGUGGAGCUGCAGUGUCACAUCACCACGCACAGCAAGAAGUUCACAUGUCGCUUUUGUGGCAAAGCUUUCCAUGCCAUCUCACUGCUGGAGAGACACCUGAGAGAAAAGCACUGCAUCUUCGAUGGCGGCAACAUCACCGGCAACGGGGGUGGCACGGGGAGCAGUGGGAGUCAGAACGGGACGCCCAACGGGCUCGCUCAGACCUCCAAGCGAGGGGGAGGUGGAGGAGGAGGAAGUGGCAACGGAGGCGCUGCAGGCGUCGAAAGAGCAACAGCCGUGGCUGCUGAACAAGCCGACCUGCAGAACAUACUGUUGAAGGGUGGCGUUGUGGGAGGAGGAUCAGGCCAGGGAGGAGAUGCAGCCAACAGCCACGAGGCAAGCGGGGGAGAGGAGGAGCUGGACAAUUCAGAACCCAUGUAUGCCUGUGAUAUCUGCGGAGCGGCUUACACCAUGGAGUCCCUCCUGCAGAACCAUCGGCUGCGUGAUCACAACAUCCGCCCAGGAGAAGAUGAUGCUUGUUCUCGAAAGAAGAAGGCAGACUUCAUCAAAGGGAACCACAAGUGCAAUGUGUGCUCCAGAACUUUCUUCUCUGAGAACGGGCUCCGCGAGCACGCUCAAACACAUCGUGGUCCCGCCAAACACUACAUGUGUCCAAUAUGUGGCGAGCGAUUCCCCUCUCUGCUAACUCUCACUGAACACAAGGUGACCCACAGUAAAAGCCUGGACACGGGAACCUGUCGAAUCUGUAAGAUGCCCCUGCAGAGUGAGGAGGAGUUCAUAGAGCAUUGCCAGAUGCACCCCGACCUCCGCAACUCCCUCACCGGCUUCCGCUGCGUCGUCUGCAUGCAGACUGUCACCUCCACCCUGGAGCUGAAGAUCCACGGCACCUUCCACAUGCAGAAGCUUUCCACCGGCUCUGCGCUUGGAGGAGCUGGAGGAGUAGGCGGGAACGGAGGAGCAGGUGGAGGCAACGGCUCAGCCUCUUCAUCCCCUAACGGGCAGCUGCAGCAGCAUAAGCUGUACAAGUGCGCCUUCUGCCUAAAGGAGUUCAAGAACAAAGGCGAGCUGGUGAAGCUAGAUGUCAAUGGCCUGCCUUACGGCCUCUGUGCUGGUUGUAUGAGCAGGGGCACGAACGGCCAGAGUCCCAACCAGGGAGGAGCUGCGACGCCUGGAGACACGCAGGGAGAGAAGGCUGUGGCCGGGUUGAGGUGUCCAGAGUGCGGGGUGAAGUUUGAGAGCCUGGAGGACUUGGAGAGUCACGUCCAGACAGAUCACCCUGAGGUCAGCCCUGAAACCAGUGCAGCAGGAAAGAAGGCUGAGGCUUCACCUGUUCCUAAGAAGAAGACCUACCAGUGUAUUAAAUGCCAAAUGACGUUUGAGACAGAAAGAGAAAUCCAGAUUCAUGUCGCGAAUCACAUGAUCGAAGAGCCCACCUGUCGGCAAGAGGAGGGCAUCAAUCACGAGUGCAAGCUGUGUAACCAGAUGUUUGAUUCACCUGCCAAGCUGCUUUGCCACCUGAUAGAGCACAGCUUCGAAGGCAUGGGAGGUACCUUCAAGUGUCCCGUCUGCUUCACAGUGUUUGUGCAGGCCAACAAGCUCCAGCAGCACAUUUUUGCCGUGCAUGGUCAGGAAGACAAGAUCUACGACUGUUCUCAGUGUCCACAGAAGUUCUUUUUUCAGACAGAACUACAGAACCACACACUGAGUCAGCACGCGCAGUGAGACCGAGGCCCGGCAGGAUCUCUCAGCUCAGCCGGGGCCCCCGACCCGGAGCCAGCAGGGGACCCCCAUCUCCACAUCACAGCCAAUCAAAGUGUCAUUUGCUACUCACAUGUAAAACUCUAACGAUCGCGCCACUGGGCGCGGCUAUUAGGAGCAGCGGGGGAAAGGAAUAUUAAUGGGAUAUGCUAUUAAAUAAAGAAAGGAAAAAGUGGGUGAAGAAAGCGGUAAGAGCAAGAUGAAGGAAAGAGAUGGGUGAACAAAGGUAUUGUACGUGCAGUAUUUUUUAUUGUCCCUGCCAAAACCCCCCCACCAGCUUCUUCCUCCUCCCCUUCUCCCUUCCUGUCCUCCCACCAGACACUCCCCAGGUCAUGCAUUUUAUUUUUUUUAACAAAUAGAAAAGAAAAAAAGCAAGAAAACACCCUUUGUUUUGGGAUUUUUUUAAAUAGAUUGUAGAAAAAAGGCUACACUUUCUUGUCCCCUCAGUUGCUUAUUGUAUUCAACUUCAUAGGUGCCAAUUUCUUUGAUAUUUCUUUAUUCCAUAUGCGCUUUUUUCUUUCUUUUCAUUUUUGUACCUUUCAUUUCUUGCAGUAAGUAGGUACUUGUGCUGUGUUGUGAUUGUUUGUUUGCCAGUCGUAAUAUUCCUUAAACCCCCUCCCCCCCGAACUAUCCUUUUUAUGAUUAUUGUUAUAUAUAUUUUUCCUUUUUGUAAUUACUAUGAAAAAAAGACAUCAAAACAAAAUAAAGUGCAGAAAACCAUA